GUCCACUGCUUCACCGCAACGCUCAGCCUUUUUGUACAGUUGUCUCCGUACUGCCAUCGCCACUUAGGUGUCUGCUUCUUUCGUCAACAAGAGCUGUCGAGACGGCCGUACGUGGACCACUUCUCUUUGUGGACUUCCCAUUGCUACUGCCUACUGAUACGUAUCAUUUCCUUAGACAGUGGGGCAACGGUACGCCACACGAGGAUGCCAAUGGCUACCGAGAGUGGCAUCUCUCAAAGGCCUCGUGCCACAAUCAACAACCUUUCUCAAGACGUCCUCCUCCUCAUUCUUCGUGAUGUAUUCAACGGAGCGCAGCGACAGCGAGCGGUAGGUUGGGACAGCGUUCAGAUUGCUUCCGGGGCUCCGCAUGAUGAUCGAAACCCCGAGCAUCCCUCUGCAGAGUAUCUCGCUUGCGUAUGUCCUGCGUGGCGACAGGCCAUGUCGUGUGCGUCAGUUUUCUGGGCGCAACUCGUCAUCUGGACCGGUAUGGAUCCGACUCCGCUUUCGAGGAUUCGCCAGUACCUUUGUUGGUCGCGGAAUCAACCCCUCGAAGUCUAUGUCAUGCGCAGGUAUGACCCCUCAGGCUCGAUGGAAGACCAAACGGAGAGAGCUCGGGUCAAGGCUGUCGUUGAACUGCUCUUGCCGCAUGUAAGGCGGUGGAGGGUAUUAUGCAUGAAGCUUCUCCACUCAAGGUCACUUCCGCUCCCGCGUAUUGACCUCGUCGGUCAUGCAGAGAAGUUGGUGCGACUCAGACUCGACCACACGGUUGACGACGCGGUCGCAUUUUCCGCAACAGACGUCCCUCAACCCGAAGUGUUCGACACACCUCGAGUGCCUCUCCAUGUGUGGCAUCCACUUCCGUGAAUCGUACGUGAAGCCCCUCGCUCAACUAUCAAUGCCACCCAAGCUCGGCUUCCUCACACUGAUUGACUAUGCCUCACACCAACCACCCUUCCCUCUCGCCGACCUUCUGAGAUCC